GGCACGACAGAUCUUUGAUUAAAACAAUGAGUACUGUUAAAACGCAAGCGGAAAAGAACAGAAAACAAAAGGAUUCUGAUAGCAAAGAGGAAUUUGUUAAAAUACGGAAGAGAGAUUUGGAGAGGUUAACUACAGAAGUAAUGCAAGUUCGAGAUUUAUUACCUAGGAUAUUGAGCGGGAAUUUGUUUGAAAGUCUUCUCAAACUGAGUUCUGCAGAAUCAACAAUUUACAUGAAUGGCCGUAUGAUUGAGCAAUUGAAACACGACUGUGACCAUUUACAGUCUCGACUAGAGGUGGCUAAGGCAGAAUGCCAUGGAGAAAGAGAGGAGAAGCAGAUUUUCAGAGAUCAGCUAGGAGAGGCCAGGGUGCAGCUUCAGCAGCAGUCGGAAUACUGUAAUCAGAUGGGGUCAACGGUUUGCACUCUCCUUUGGGGUGCAACUAGAAAUGUGGAAGCUGUGAAGAAUAUCCUAAGUGGGAGAGAAGCAGAAAGGUUCUUCAAUGUUGCUGGACAGACACUGGAUACCUUUGUCAAGUCACUUGAUGCAGAUAUCAGACCAGAACAGCAUGAUGAAACUCAGUUUGUGUUAGCUUUGGCAGGCAUAAUUACCAAUAUUGCAGCUGUGACCUGUGGUAGGGAUUUGCUGUCCAGCUCAUCUCAGGUUCUCCUGGAUACUUUGAUGAAACUCCUAGAGGAAAUUAGACCAGGAAUCUGUACUGAACUGAAGGCGUUACUGUUAAAGUCCCUGUACAAUGUGAGCAUUAAUGUGAAAGGACUGAAGUACAUCAGUGAGCGUCCUGGGUUUAUUCGCCUGCUCUGGUGUCAUUUACAGGAUUCCGACCCAGAGGUAUGUAUGCUUGUCCUUUGUCUCCUGCAGUCUGUAGUUCAGGAGCCUGAGGUUCUGUCCAGGGUGAUACCUGAGCUGAAGGAAACCCUGCCUCUGCUACGCAUCAUGGAGCUGGCUGAAAGUCGUAACCAUGAACUACAGAAAGUUGCAGCUGAGUUGCUGGAUGAUCUGAAGACAUUAGGAGUUGAAGUGAAUGAAUCAGAGUGUUAAAAAAGCAUCAUACUUUCACAUAGUACACUAAAUGGAUUAUUACAUUUAGCUCAGAAAAAGGCCAUAUCCCCUAUUGAAGCACUAUUUGUGAUUCAGGCUGGAGGGAUUUCUUACAAUUAUAAGGUAUGUUUCAGUUUACAAAUGUAUGUACCAUUAUUUGACAUACAGUUUUUGUUUGUGUACUUGGACAAAAGUAAACAUUACUAAAUAUUAUAUAUGGUGACAAUAGGACCCUGCAAACUGUGAUGCACAUUAUUCCAAAUAUAGGCAAAACAAAGCGUGAGUUUGUAUAGAUUUCCCUUUAUAUUAUUUAUGUACAAAUACUAUAGGCCAGAUUACUCAAGGUCUCUGCUCAAAAGUGCAAUCAUUUCUUUGAAAAAAAAUGUAACUGCUAAAAACUGCAAUUUUAGCAACAAAUCCAUUACUUUUUAUGUAUCUUUAUUGUACACAUCAUGGUGAUAUAUUUGUCACCAUAAUCACGAUGUUUUGUUGUUGUUUUUGUUUUGACACACCUCCUAUAUCAUAAAUCAGCAAGGAAACAAAAGCAGACACCUCUACUCUACUGUAUAACACGUUAUUCUUGGCAAUGGUCCUGAGUAGACACCAUGAUUGCCCUCAUGCCGUCAAUACAGUGCUCUGAAGGUUGCAUUUUAGAAACAUGAACAACCUUAUCACUUGAACAUUCAAAAUCUUUUUGUUCUUUGCUUGUUUUAUGUUAGAUAUGUAAUGGACAAUGCUAAAGAUUCCAAAAAAAUAAACUACUACUUCUUGAUACCUAUGCUGUAGGUCACAUGGUUAUUUAUUUGAGUGAACUUGAACGAUUACAAAAGAAGUGAUUAGUAACUAGGAAGCAGCUUUACCUUUUUUAUCUAUAGUGUUGAAUUUGAAAUAUAUUCAAAUACCAAAUGAAAGUAUAAAACAACAACAAAGAACCAAUAUAACAUAAAAAGAGGGGACCAUAGAUAAGUGGGCUUUUUGUGAUAUCUUCUUUAAUAGUCUUUAAUAUACUCAUCUGAAAGGAUACACAGUAAUUCAGAGACUAACAUGGUGGUACCAAACAAGCUGGAGAGCACAUAUACUGAAUCAUAAAUGAGUUAUUUUUGUUUGAAAUCUGGCUACGCAUGGGAAAACAUCUUGUGAACAUCUGAAUUCCUAAAUCCUCUCACAAUGUCGAGUUCAGUUUAAAUAAUCAAAAUGGGCUUAACAAAACAAUCCUUAAUUGUAAUAUUCACAAGAAGGCUUAUUCACUGACGAUGCAGAUACAUGUCAAAGGAAAAUAAUUGGUCAAAACUGAUUUAUGAUCAAGGAUGUGUGGAAAAAAGUAGUAAUAUAAUCAUGAUUAUGGACCCUAUUCACAAAGAUUUAAAGAAUGAGGACUUUUUUCAAGGCCAUUUUGAUAAUUAUUCAAGUUUGCAGUUCAUUAAACACUUUUCAGUUGUUUAUUAGUUGAUCAUUAUUUUACAGUACAACAUUAUGUACAGCAUCGCAGACAUCUGCAGUUAGUAGUGUGUUUGGCAGGAAACCUCACAGCCUAUAACAAAUUAAGCACACACUGUACUUUUUGUCUCAGUUUUUUGUAAUUUUCUCCUUAAAACACUCAAUCUGAUUGUAGUCAAC